GGUGAUCGAGGUGACCGGGGGGUGAGGGGACUACCAGGAAUGUCAGGGGCUGUGGGACCUGCAGGAGCCAAGGUAUGUUAAAGCCACACUCCUCAAUUUGUGCAUACCCUUAAAGAGUGGUCCACUGCACUCUCAUCAAACUGGGUCCUUUCUAUGACUUCUGCCGUGAAACGUUUUGACAAUAAAGACCAAAAUGGUCAAGAAUUUCUUCAGGUCCUAGUUAUAGCUUAGCUACCUGAGCAGGUAAUAUGGGGAAUGUUAGGGUUAACGGCUGGCUGGUCACAACUGCUGUGGAAAAGUAUAGACUGGAGUCUUUCAGCCAAGGUCCAUGUUCACAUGAUUUCCUUUUAUGAUGCUUUAAAUCAGGGAUGGGCAACUUGGUGCCUGUGGACCCCCUUUUGUAAGCUCGCGGACAAAUUUCGAAAUUGCACCUUGUGUAUUAUAUUAAUCUAACUCUCAACAGUAAAUUGAGACCGCGACUGAGUUUUUUUUUUAUGGGGGGGGGGGGAACUCAGUCGCGGUCUCAAUUUACUGUUGAGAGUUAGAUUAAUAUAAUACACAAGGUGCAAUUUCGAAAUUUGUUUGCGCAUCAGCAGUCAGUCAAUUAGCCCAUGUCAGCUAACAUUUUUUAGAUUGGUAAGUUAGUCUAGUGGCCAGCUAUCUAAACUUGUAGUAAGCAUGGUCGAAUUACCGACCGGGGUGGGGCCCAUUGAUCAUCAGUUAUCAUAUUAAAAACAUUUGCCUCCACCCUAUGGCAAAAUGUGUAGAAUUGCAGCAAAUUAGCUGUAAAACUGUACAUUUUGCUCUCCACCCCAUGGCAAAAUGAGUAGAAUUGCAUGAAAUGUGUUAUAAAAUUGCUAAAUCUUAUCACCUCCCCAUGGCAAAAUGUGUAGAAUUGCAGCAAACUUGCUUUGAAAUGGCAACAUUUUCUCUAUGUCCCAUGGCAAAAUGUGCAGAAUUGCAGGAAAUGAACUUUAAAACUGAAUUGUAUGGAUGUGGGUAUGCAGACCCACGAGUCACUGGGGCCCCUUAUGAUGAGUUCUGUUUUUUUGUGGACCCCACCCUCAUCAAAGUUGCCCAUCCCUGUUGUAGUUAGUUAGAUGUUAGGGAAUGUUAGGGUUUAAUAGAGGAGGCAUUAGGGUUUAUACCUGGCUUGGUUUUAAGCAGUUUUAAAGGGAAUUCUAGGGGCUAAUGUUAGGGUUCGAUUAUAUGGCUGUUAUAUGAGUGUCGUCUGAGGUUCUCAGUCAAGUUACAUGAGUGGAAUGCUGCUUGGAAUUCUUCAACUUGAUGUUCAGUCUGGGUGGUAUUCUGAUUUGAGAUCUUCACACUUAACACACAUUUUUAAGCAAGUCUCCCAUUGACAUUAAAGAAGUCUGAGUUGUACCAAGUAUGUGCGCUGUUUCCUCCAGGGUUCCCAGAAGCAUUGACAAGAAGCCAACAACCAUUGUUUUCCAUCACUGCAUUUUACAGCCUGGUCUAUUAGACUAGAUGUAACACAGUAAAUAUAAAUCCGGGGACACUCAAAUUAGUAUGAUAUGUUACGUUUGGUAUGGUUACAUAAGAAAGAAGGUUAGUUAAGGCAAAAAUGAAAGGAGGGUGGUUGGUCGGAGUGGAUGGGUCGGCGUAUAACGCGAACAUCUAGCAAUCCAAAGGUUGCGUGUUCAAAUCUCAUUUAGCAUUUUAGCUAAUAGCAACUUUUCAACUACUUACUACUUUUUAGCUACUUUGCAACUACUUAGCAUGUUAUGUAACCCUUCCCCUAACCCUAACCUUAACCCUUUUGACUAACCCUAACCCUAACCCUUUAACCUAACUCCUAACCUUAACCCCUAGCCUAGCUAAUGUUAGCCAGCUAGCUAACGUUAGAAUUAGCCACCUAGCCACCCAGCUAACGUUAACCACAACAAAUUGGAAUUCGUAACAUAUCAUACUAAAUGGAUGAUGGACAUCCACAAAUUAAUACAUACCAUACGAAAACGUAAGAUAUCAUAAUAUACUGAACAAAAAUAUAAACACAACAUGUGUUGGUCCUAUGUUUCAUGAGCUGAAAUAAAAGAUCUCAGAAAUGUCUCUCAAAUUAUUUGCACUAAGUUCUUUACAUCCCUGUUAGUGAGCAUUUCUCCUUUGCCAAGAUAAUCCAUCCACCUGACAGGUGUGGCAUAUCAAGAAGCUGAUUAAACGGCAUGAUCAUUACACAGGUACACCUUGUGCUGGGGACAAUAAAAGGCCACUCUAAAAUGUGCAGUUUUGUCACACAACACAAUGCCACAGAUGUCUCAUGCUGACUGCAGGUAUGUCCACCAGUGCUGUUGCCAGAGAAUUUUAUGUUCACUUUUCUACCAUAAGCUGCCUCCAACGUCGUUGUAGAGAAUUUGGCAGUACAUCCAACCGGCUUCACAACCGGAGACCACGUGUAACCACGGCAGCCCAGGACAUUCACAUCCGGCUUCUUCACCUGCGGGAUCGUGUGAAAUCAGCCACCCAGACAGCUGAUGAAACAGGAGUAUUCCUGUCUGUAAUAAAGCCCUUUUGUGGGGAAAAACUCAUUGUGAUUGGCUGGGCCUGGCUCCACCCAUGACUGCACCCCUGCCCAGUCAUGUGAAAUCCAUAGAUUAGGGCCUAAUUAAUUAAUUUCAAUUGACUGAUUUCCUUAUAUGAACUGUAAAUCAGUCAAAUCGUUGAAAUUGUUGCAUGUUGCCUUUAUAUUUUUCUUCAGUAUAAAUGGGGCAUCUCGGAUUUACGUACAAAUUAAUACGAAAUGCUCUGAGACCAGGUUGCAUUUUAGUGUCAUCAAUUCGCAUCAUGGCACUUCACUUUAAGGGUAUGCACACUUCAAACACUGUUUUACUAUCAGUGUUUGCCUUCAUACCAUAAUCCUCAGAUUUCAAAAUACAUAAGUAUUGCUUAAAUUACUUUACAAACUAUUUGAGGGACUGAUUUAUUGUGGCUAUUGUGUGAUAUGAGGUUGUUUGAUUAAGGAUAAAGAAGACAGAUGAACAAUAUGCUUUAUAACGACACCAGUAAGCUAUCCCACCCAUGACUGUAUCUUACAUCUCUUUUAGGCUUGUUAAUCCUAUGAGAGGUCUUUUUUAACAAUAUGUUUAUAAUGACAAUAUCAGUAAACUCCCAUUACGCUCUUUUACAGUAGAUUUGGCUCAUAAUAUGAGAUGUGGCUUUUGAAUGCUGGUUCAACAUAUCAGAGGAACAGGUUGUGUGUGUUUGCUGUAGUUACCUGGCAAUUGUUUCUUUGUCAUCCGUGAGGUUCAUGGUGUCAUAUAUCUCACGUCUCUGUUCUUCUGUUCAGGGAGAGCCUGGCAGUUUUGGAAUGAUGGGUCUACCAGGUCCUCCUGGCAGGGGCCUACCUGGGUCAAAGGUAAGUGGUAUACACACAGGUGCAUACAAAUACCUGCACACACGCAUGCACGUGCACACACACACCAUAGUGUCUUAGAAAUAUCAACUUUUGAUUGACCUGGGUUCGAAACCAUGGUCCCCUGCGCGCCAUAAGCCUGCUAAACUAAAGCCCAGGCAUUAACUCUAGGAACUAAUUCAAGUCUUUAGGUCUCAGAUAAAGUGACUACUGAGUUACACACCCAUCCAUUUAAUGCUCUGUCAUACACAGCACUAAAACCCUUAUUGUCCACAUUGACAGGGCGACCUUGGACCAGUGGGGCAGUCAGGGCCUGUAGGAGACCCUGGAGUGGGCAUCGCUGGGCCGAAGGUAACCUCAACACACAGCUAGAACACAGCCUAGCUCUGAUGCAAUGGAUUUAUUACAUUAUUACCAAGGUUUUGCAGCAAGCUAGUACUGCAAUGACACAUAUUUUUCUGUUUGUGUGUUUCUCUCCCAUUCAGGGUGAGAGGGGGAACCCUGGACCUGUUGGACCACCAGGGUUGAAGGGAGACGGCUAUACAGGACCUCAGGUGGGACUAUUGAUGUUGCUAGUUAUUUAAAAACCCUAGUCUAGUUUGCCAGCCCUGUGUCUUUGCACCACCCUAUAAGCCUGGCAAGCCAAGCUAUGAAAAUACGAAUGGCAACAUUCAUGGAUUCAAAAUAAGAAAAUUCCUUGAAUAUCUGAAGUUACUUGCAGAUGUGUGGGAAAUUCCGUUUGCCAGUAUCACUUGUUUAUUAAGCUUACAUAGUAUCCCCAUAGCCUUCAUCAGAGCUUUAGUAUGCAUUGAAAAUGAAAUCCCAACACAUUAACCCAGCCUUGUUCUUGUUGAUAAGCAGGGCCUCCCAGGGUUGCCAGGGCAACCAGGAGAGUUGGGACCUGAAGGGAAAGGAUUACCUGGUCCUAAGGUAAGCUCUGAACUUACCUUAUACACACAAUGUUAACUCUAAUCCUUCACACAAUGAAUCAGGUUUUACAUACACGGUUUUACAUACUCUCUCUCUCUCUCUCUCUCUCUCUCUCUCUCUCUCAUGAGUAUAUAUACUGCACUGUAUGUGUACAAUGAAACAUUAAUUCAUAUUAUUUGCCAUGUGUUUCAGGGUGACAGAGGUUCAUCAGGACUUCCAGGGCCAACAGGACCACCUGGCAUUGGUCUGCUGGGACUUAAGGUCAGUGAUGACUGGAAACACAGGAUUAGUCCAGAAACAGCCUGCAUCCACUUGCUCCUAGCCCCUACCCCCUAGCCCCUACCCCGGCAUAGACCCUUCAUCUGCUGUAGAUCUUAUUGUAUACACUUUUUGUCAACAUCUCGUUUCUUUUCAAUACCAGUGUCCUUUUAAAAAGGUUUAUUUUUGAAAAUUGUAAUGUGGAACUGAACUAAUAUUUGUGUGUUUUGCAGGGUUCUGUGGGUCAGCCAGGUCCACCUGGCCUCUCAGGAAUCCCAGGAGAGGGCAUCCAGGGGCCCAAGGUAGGGCCUCAUUAUCACACUGGACUGGCUUGGUGGGGCCUAUGAUAAUGAUCAUAAUGAUGAUAAUGGUGUGAUAUUUAUUGAAUACUUAUGUCAUAGUGACAAUAUAUCAACUGCAAUUCUAAUUAAAUGCCAAUGUAAUUAUAGUACAGUAUGUCAUUCAUGGCCCCAGAAACAAAAGACUGUGCUAUGUUCAAUUGGGGAACUACAGGUAACUUCCAAAAUAAAGGAAACACCAACAUGUGUCUUAUUAGGGCAUUGGGCCACCACGUGCCACCAGAACAGCUUCAAUGUGCCUUGGCAUAGAUUCUACAAGUGUCUGGAACUCUAUUGGAGGAAUGCAACACCAUUCUUCCACAAUAAAUUCCAUCAUUUGGUGUUUUGUUGAUGGUGGUGGAAAACGCUGUCUCAGGCGCAGCUCUAGAAUCUCCCAUAACUAUUCAAUUUGGUUGAGAUCUGAUGACUGACACACACACACACACACACACCCUUUAACCCCCCUAUGCUUCUUCUAGCCAUGGUAGCCAAGACAAUGGGCAACUGGGCAUAUUUAUACAUGACCCUAAGCAUGAUGGGAUGUUUUAAUUGCUUAAUUAACUCAGGAACCACACCUGUGUGGAAGCACUUGCUUUCAAUAUACUUUUACUCAAGUGUUUCCUUUAUUUUGGUAGCUACCUGUAUGUUCAGAGGGAAGUUGGUUUUGGUACUGUCAAUCUGACGUGGCACAAUAUUCUGUAUGCUGCUGUAUACAGUGUUGUGAGCUGUUACAACAUUAGCCAUGAUUAACCAUGCUAAACAUUAGUCUUGUCUUUUUGCGACCUUCAGGGGGAGCCUGGGUUCGAGGGGCCAAUGGGCCCUCGGGGUCCUCCAGGGGACGGCUUUCCAGGUGAAAAGGUACAAACGUAGCGAACGCUUUUGAUCCCUGCGGGAAUUGAACCAACAACCUGAGCCACACAGGACUGUAACUGCCAAACAAACACACACAGACCGGUUCAAUGCCAACACGGACACACACAACCAUUUGCUGUUCACUAUAAAUGUUCUUCUUGAUGUGCUUAACAAUACUGUUGUCAUAUCACUGUACACAGGGAGACAGGGGGAUUGGUGGAGACCGUGGGAGGAAAGGAGACAAGGGAGAAUUUGGAGAGCCAGGUUCUACAGGACCCAUGGUAUGAUAGUCUUCUUGUCCCUUCAUGGCCAUAAAAAACAUAUUUCAUGGUUCAUGUAUAUGUUGAUUGCUAACAUGUGUUCAAACUUGCAGGGGAAAUCUGGUGAGAAGGGGGAACCUGGCUUGACAGUGAGUAGAGCACAAAAUGCAUACUGUUUCAUAAUGGUACCUUUGUUAUGUCUCUCAACCAUAUUUUUUAUAUCUUAAUAAUGUUUUCCUGUUCCACCCACAGAGAGAGGAAGUCAUCAAAAUUAUCAGGGAAAGUUGUGGUGAGUUAAAACAGCUCAUUGACUAUACAUGUGUACAGAACAUAAACACUACUGACUUAAAGUGUUAGCCAACGUUUCUUCCUUCUAAGGAACUGUGCACAGAGCUCCCUGGAAAACAGUGGCAAUUGUUACUAUUGCUGGACAAUCCUUUGCUAAAUAGAUAAAAAAUGAAUAAAUUAAAUGUGCUUCUGUUUGCUCUUUGGGUUCUAGGCCAGGUCACUGUAAAACACUUUGUGACAACUGCUGAUGUAAAAAUGACUUUUUAAAUACAUUCGAUUGAUUGAUAUAGACGGUCUCUCUGUUUAUGUUCUCAGGCUGUGGUCUGAAGUGCAGAGAGAGUCCUCUGGAGCUGGUGUUUGUGAUUGACAGCUCAGAGAGCGUUGGACCGGAGAACUUCGAGGUGGUCAAGGACUUUGUGAAUGCCCUGAUUGACCGUGUGUCUGUGAACCGUGAGGCCAGCAGGAUCGGUGUGGUCCUCUACAGUCAUGUGGACAUAGUAGUGGUCAGUCUGAAGCAGCAGUCCAGCCAGAACGACGUCAAGGUCAGUAGUUUUAAAGAAGAUGAGUACCUGUCACAGACUGGGUUCGAAUCCCGGGUCUCCUGCAUGCCACAACUGUGUUAGUCCUCUGAGCUAAAGCAUAGACAUUCUUGAAGCAGAUCUGUGUUUAUUCUGCUGUAUCCUUUUUCUGUAUGAUGUUAAUUAAAUUCACUCUUUCAUCCCCUGGUAUCUAUAUAUCUGUCUGUCUGUCUGUCUGUCUGUCUGUCUAUCUGUCUAUCUAUCUGUCUAUCUAUCUGUCUAUGUAAUUUCUCUCAGGCUGCAGUGAGGAAGAUGCCGUACAUGGGGGAGGGCACCUUUACGGGUAGUGCCAUUGGGAGAGCCAACCAGCUGUUCCAGGCCUCGCGGCCCGGUGUUCGUAAAGUCGCCGUGGUACUAACCGACGGGCAGGCAGACCGGCGUGACGCAGUGCAGCCCGAGGACGCCGCCAGGGAGGCCCACGCCGCCGGCAUUGAGAUGUUUGUCAUCGGCGUGGUGAAUAAGAAAGACCCGCUGUACGCAGAGUUCCAAUCUGAGAUGAUCGCUAUCGCCUCCGACCCAGACGAGGAGCAUGUGUACCUGAUCGAUGACUUCAUGACGCUGCCCAGUAUGUGGUUCUAAAUGAAGUUCAAGACGAGAUGAAGGCCCCGUGUAGCUCAGUUGUUAGAGCAUGGCACUUGCAACGCCAGGGUUGUGGGUUCGUUUCCCACGGGGGGCAGUAUAAAAAAACAAAAAACAAAACAUGUAUGCACUCACUAACUGUAAGUCGCUCUGGAUAAGAGCGUCUGCUAAAUGACAAAAAAUAAUAAUAUGUAAGACUAGAUGAAGUUCAUGACUCUAGAUGAAGUGCUAGACUCUGCCUAGUAUAUGGUUCUAUUUUGGUUUUAUUUACAUCCACACUCAUAGCAGUCAAUACAAAAUGAUAUCCAUGCAAAUGGCACUGGCCUAUCUAAAUACAUAUGUUUAAAUUGAUAAAAGAACAGACAAGGGAUCUAUUCCAACAAAACUGAUGAAGAGCCCCAUUAAGGGGUUUGUGAAGGGGAUAUCUUGAUUUCUGUAGAUUGGCACGGAACAGUGCCAAAAUUGCUUUAUAACAAUAAUAUAUAAAGCAGCGAUUAUUUAAAAUUGAAGUAUUUGAGUUUAAACAAACAGUGUGAAAAUGCAUUGCACGAAACGGAGUCACUAUAGUUGCAGUAUUGUAAACUCUUUAAGCGUUAUAGAUAAUGUCUCAUCACAUCCCAACUAUGCUCACUGCGUGGCCUGUUUAAAAAUGACAUUUGGGAAAAUGCCUGCCAUCACUACUAUGCUAAGAUAUUUUAAAUAACGGCUGACUUUAAAAAGCAACAAAUCCCUUUGAAAACAGCCUAUGUGUCAACAAUAUAAAUCAGAAACAGUUAUUCUAGUUUCAAAAUUGACUACAAAGUCUAAAUAGGAUAAUUUUGGUCAUAAAGCCAAUCUCGUCUAAAACGGAGUUUGGAACAUCCGUGCAUCACAACGGGUAAAUGAAGGUUGGGUUUUGAUUAGACGAUGUCCAUUUGCCCUCUAACAUGGGGUGAAUAGCUGCAGUGAUUGCUCUCUAUCCAAUAGCAUAAACUGUGAGACAGACCUGCCCAGCAGCUCCGACUUUGUUUACAUAAGACAACACGUCACGCAUUUAACUUGAGAAAUACUGCACCAAACACCUUAGUUAGAUGUAAAAUUGUGCAACUAAAACAUCCUUGGUAAAAAUGUCCAAAUUAAUUACAGAUUUAUUGAGUUACUGUAUCUUAGAUUCAUUCUGGGGAUUUUGAGGAAGUGAAAUAGGCUUCCACGUCUACACUGUCUCAUGGGGGACAAACAUCAUUAACCAAAUGCAGAAUCGGUCAGGAAACACAUGUACAAGACUGAAAUCUCGUUUUUCUAAUGAGCAACAGAAAAACACACGUGCCAAUCGGUGUGUUCAGUCGCUCUUUAAAGUUUAAACCAAAGGUUAUAUAAAUAACCAAGUGGUGGAGUUCCCGUACACUAGCUAGAGAAACAGGCCAAUUACAUUAUAUUAUGACUGAUGAUGAUUGAUGUUCUAUGUUUUGAAACUCCCUGGAUGACUAUUUAAUCAUUUAAUAGCUUGAAAUGAGUUUGGGGUUGAUUACAGUCUUUUAAACUGUGUGUCUUGGCACAGCCCUGGAGAGUAAGCUGCUGAAUCAGAUAUGUGAACAGGACGAUGGAACCCUCUUCAUCCCCAACCCCAUACCCACCCCCGAGGUUUACAGAGUGCUUCCAGACAGGGGGGGCAUACCUGACUUUGAGGACGAUUACAGAAGAGUAAGAGAAAACACUUUUAGGAUGAACUUACGGGAUGAACUUACUAAGACAUUACAGUAAACAUUACAAACAAUGGACAAAACCACAUGAAAGUAGACAUUACAAACAAUAGACAAAACCACAUGAAAGUAGACAUUGCACAUUAUCAUACCACUACCAAUACACAAAUUACACUCUAACCAACUAUGUAUUACACUCUAAUAAACUACAUAUGACUCUAAAAAGCUACUUAAGACUCUACCAUCCAGUCUGUUACCAUGACCGCUACAGCAACCACUAUGUCUGGAAUGCGUAGUCACUUUAUAUUUCUUCCACUGUAUAUUUCUCCCUCUCCAGCCUGGACCACCAAUAUUUGAGACUGAGAGACCUCCCUCCUCACAAGCCCCAGAGUCCCCCGGCUUCAAAGAGAAUGAAAUUGACACUGGCAAGACGACAUCGGUUUUCAAGGUACCCCUGAACAAGCUCACAGACAUCAUGACAGCAGCAUCAGGGGGCAGAGGGGGGAAGCAGCAACCCCCUGUUAUCUCUAUGGUGGGACCCCAGACCCCCCAGACACCCACCAACUGGCUGUAUGUCCCCAAGACCACACAGGCUCCUCCCCCCCGAACACAGCCACCUCCACCCCCACUCCCAGACAUCUUUGUACCAGGUGAGUCUCUUUUUUUUAUUGACCAUUUGAGAAAGUACAUUAUGUAGGUUACAUCUCGAACUGUACGAACAAGUAAUUCUGAAAGAUUUCCUCAUUACAUCUUAUUUAUUUGUAACACCAUAUUGACGACUUUUUAUCACGUCAAACAUGUGUAUUGUUUGUCUUUGUGUGGCUUAUCAAGCUCCGCCGUCUUAUCUACAGAUGGAUUUCUUCACACGUUUGCUUACACCAUACACCCACUAGAAAUGUUUUGUCUAUGGUAGACUCAGAUCUGUUUCCUUGUUCAUGGUAUGUCAUAAUGUUACAAAACCAGUUGUCACAUCUUCAACAAACAGAUGGUAUUAACCCGUUUGUCUCUCUGUUAGUCUAUGUGUGUUAAAGUAUAAAGUCCUAUAAGCAUUUAUAAAACAAGUGUAAUGCUUUUAACUUGUUAUAAGGAUGUAGAAGUCUUUAUAAAGUCUUACAAAAACCAAAGAGAAGAGACAGAAUCAUUAGAUCAUUAGUUUUGGUAGCACUGCUGGGUGAUUUAAAAAGUAAUAGUCAAUCGAUCAAUAAUAUAACAAUAUUCUUAGCACAAAUUUUUAUCUUUAAUUUAGAAUCAGUAGAAUCUAUGAGAAUAGAAAGGUUCAGAACUUUUGUGAAACAUCACAGCACAGUUGAAACAUAUGGCAAAUAGAAAUCAAAACUGGAUGGUGUCCAGAGAUAGAUGGGAGGGGUUGAGUGGCGCUGAAGGAUGGGACUAAAAACAAACAAAAGAUAACUAUUGUAAAAUAUACUGUAUCUGUAAAAUGUAUUUAGUACACUGCUCAAAAAAAUAAAGGGAACACUUAAACAACACAAUGUAACUCCAAGUCAAUCACACUUCUGUGAAAUCAAACUGUCCACUUAGGAAGCAACACUGAUUGACAAUACAUUUCACAUGCUGUUGUGCAAAUGGAAUAGACAACAGGUGGAAAUUAUAGGCAAUUAGCAAGACACCCCCAAUAAAGGACUGGUUUUGCAGGUGGUGACCACAGACCACUUCUCAGUUCCUAUGCUUCCUGGCUGAUGUUUUGGUCACUUUUGAAUGCUGGCGGUGCUUUCACUCUAGUGGUAGCAUGAGACGGAGUCUACAACCCACACAAGUGGCUCAGGUAGUGCAGCUCAUCCAGGAUGGCACAUCAAUGCGAGCUGUGGUUAGAAGGUUUGCUGUGUCUGUCAGCGUAGUGUCCAGAGCAUGGAGGCGCUACCAGGAGACAGGCCAGUACAUCAGGAGACGUGGAGGAGGCCGUAGGAGGGCAACAACCCAGCAGCAGGACUGCUACCUCCGCCUUUGUGCAAGGAGGAGCAGGAGGAGCACUGCCAGAGCCCUGCAAAAUGACCUCCAGCAGGCCACAAAUGUGCAUGUGUCUGCUCAAACGGUCAGAAACAGACUCCAUGAGGGUGGUAUGAGGGCCCGACGUCCACAGGUGGGGGUUGUGCUUACAGCCCAACACUGUGCAGGACGUUUGGCAUUUGCCAGAGAACACCAAGAUUGGCAAAUUCGCCACUGGCGCCCUGUGCUCUUCACAGAUGAAAGCAGGUUCACACUGAGCACAUGUGACAGACGUGACAGAGUCUGGAGACGCCGUGGAGAACGUUCUGCUGCCUGCAACAUCCUCCAGCAUGACAGGUUUGGCAGUGGGUCAGUCAUGGUGUGGGGUGGCAUUUCUUUGGGGGGGGCCGCACAGCCCUCCAUGUGCUCGCCAGAGGUAGCCUGACUGCCAUUAGGUACCGAGAUGAGAUCCUCAGACCCCUUGUGAGACCAUAUGCUGGUGCGGUUGGCCCUGGGUUCCUCCUAAUGCAAGACAAUGCUAGACCUCAUGUGGCUGGAGUGUGUCAGCAGUUCCUGCAAGAGGAAGGCAUUGAUGCUAUGGACUGGCCCACCCGUUCCCCAGACCUGAAUCCAAUUGAGCACAUCUGGGACAUCAUGUCUCGCUCCAUCCACCAACGCCACGUUGCACCACAGACUGUCCAGGAGUUGGCGGAUGCUUUAGUCCAGGUCUGGGAGGAGAUCCCUCAGGAGACCAUCCGCCACCUCAUCAGGAGCAUGCCCAGGCGUUGUAGGGAGGUCAUACAGGCACGUGGAGGCCACACACACUACUGAGCCUCAUUUUGACUUGUUUUAAGGACAUUACAUCAAAGUUGGAUCAGCCUGUAGUGUGGUUUUCCACUUUAAUUUUGAGGGUGACUCCAAAUCCAGACCUCCAUGGGUUGAUACAUUUGAUUUCUAUUGAUAAUUUUUGUGUGAUUUUGUUGUCAGCACAUUCAACUAUGUAAAGAAAAAAGUAUUUAAUAAGAUUAUUUCAUUCAUUCAGAUCUAGGAUGUGUUAUUUUAGUGUUCCCUUUAUUUUUUUGAGCAGUGGAUAUAUAAGCUGGAAGUAGAAGCCUAAGUGUUGUUGUCCAUUAGUUUACUCCAAUUAUGGGAAGAGUUAGGGGAAAAUAAUAAAGGAAAAUAUAUUUAAAAAUAUAUAUAUAAUUUAUAUACACUACCGUUUAAAAGUUUGGGCUCACUUACAAAAAUUCCUUGUUUUCGAAAGAAAAGCUAUUUUUUUGUCCAUUAAAAUAACAUCAAAUUUAUCCGAAAUACAGUGUAGACAUUGUUAAUGUUGUAAAUGGCUAUUGUAGCUGGAAACGGCUGAUUUUUAAUGGCAUAUCUACAUAGGCGUACAGAGGACCAUUAAGAGCAACCAUCAGUCCUGUGUUCUUUCGAAAACAAGGACAUUUCUAAGUGACCCCAAACUUUUGAACGGUAGUGUAUAUUUACCCCAAAAAAUAUGGGGGAUUGGAAAUGAUGCAGACAAUUACAUUGAUGGAAGCCACAAUCUAUCUGCAAUAUUAAAGCUGAUCUACCCCUAAACAUAAAUAAAUACGAAUCAAAAUUCUUACAAAAUCCUCUUGUCUGUUCCAGUGGUGGGGUGCAGACAGCCGUUGGACCCUGGGCCGUGUCGUCAGUAUGUGGUCAGGUGGUACUACGACCCGGAAGCCAACUCCUGCGCCCAGUUCUGGUACGGAGGUUGCCAGGGUAACGGAAACCAGUUUGAGUCGGAGGCCGGGUGCAGGAGCGGCUGCGUCCGCACGUAA